UACUGGACCGGCGGCACCUGCGGCAGGUGGCUGGGUGCGGACCGGGAGCGGAACAGAGCGAGGACUGGCACUGCAGGGAAGAUGCUGCGCGAGCGGACCGUGCGGCUGCAGUACGGUAGCCGCGUGGAGGCGGUGUACGUGUUGGGCACCUACCUCUGGACCGAUGUCUACAGCGCGGCCCCAGCCGAGGCACAGACCUUCAGCCUGAAGCACUCGGAGCGCGUGCGGGUGGAGGUGGUACGUGAUGGACAUGCUGAGGAGGUGGCCGCCAAUGGCAAACAGCGCUGGCCUCUCUUACCUACCACCACGUUGCGGCUCACCAUGAGCCAGGCGAGCAUUGAGGCCAGCAGCGACAAGGUCACCGUCAACUACUAUGAGCAGGAGGGAAACACUCCUAUCGACCAGGCUGGGCUCUUCCUCACGGCCAUUGAGAUCUCCCUGGAUGUGGAUGCUGACCGCGACAGCGUGGUGGAGAAGAACAACCCAAAGAAGGCAUCCUGGACCUGGGGUCCUGAGGGCCAGGGGGCCAUCCUGCUGGUGAACUGUGACCGAGACACACCCUGGCUGCCUAAGGAGGACAGCAGUGACGAGAAGGUCUACAGCAAGGAAGACCUCAAGGACAUGUCCCAGAUGAUCCUGCGGACCAAGGGCCCUGACCGCCUCCCAGCCGGAUACGAGAUAGUUCUCUACAUUUCCAUGUCGGACUCGGACAAAGUGGGCGUGUUCUAUGUGGAGAACCCAUUCUUCGGCCAGCGCUAUAUCCACAUCCUGGGCCGACAGAAGCUCUACCAUGUGGUCAAGUACACAGGCGGCUCUGCGGAGCUGCUGUUCUUCGUGGAAGGCCUACGUUUCCCCGAUGAGGGCUUCUCAGGCCUGGUCUCCAUCCACGUCAGCCUGUUGGAGUAUAUGGCUGAGGAGAUUCCCCUGACGCCCAUCUUCACGGACACCGUGACAUUCCGGGUCGCUCCGUGGAUCAUGACACCGAACAUCCUGCCUCCAGUGUCGGUGUUUGUGUGCUGCAUGAAGGACAAUUACUUAUUCCUGAAAGAAGUGAAGAACCUGGUCGAGAAAACCAACUGCGAACUGAAGGUCUGUUUCCAGUACAUGAACCGGGGUGACCGCUGGAUCCAGGAUGAAAUCGAGUUUGGCUACAUCGAGGCCCCCCACAAAGGUUUCCCGGUGGUGUUGGACUCCCCCCGAGAUGGAAGCCUGAAGGACUUCCCAGUGAAGCAGCUCCUGGGCCCGGAUUUUGGCUACGUGACCCGGGAGCCCCUCUUUGAGCCUGUUACCAGCCUUGACUCCUUUGGGAACCUGGAGGUCAGUCCCCCAGUGACAGUAAACGGCAAGGUGUAUCCCCUGGGCCGGAUCCUCAUCGGAAGCAGCUUUCCUCUGUCCGGUGGUCGGAGGAUGACCAAGGUAGUGUGCGACUUCCUCCAGGCCCAGCAGGUGCAGGCACCCGUGGAGCUCUACUCAGACUGGCUGACUGUGGGCCACGUGGAUGAAUUCAUGACCUUUGUCCCCAUCCCAGGCACAAAGCAAUUCCGGAUGCUCAUGGCCAGCACCUCAGCCUGCUACAGGCUCUUCCGAGAAAAGCAGAAGGAGGGCCAUGGGGAGGCCAUCAUGUUCAAAGGCUUGGGCGGAAUGAGCAGCAAGCGAAUCACCAUCAGCAAGAUUCUGUCCAAUGAGAGCCUCAUGCAGGAGAACCAGUACUUCCAGCGCUGCCUGGACUGGAACCGUGACAUCCUCAAGAAGGAGCUGGGGCUGACAGAGCAGGACAUCAUUGACCUGCCCGCUCUGUUCAAGAUGGAUGAGGGCCACCAGGCCAGAGCUUUCUUCCCAAAUAUGGUGAACAUGAUCGUGCUCAACAAGGACCUGGGCAUCCCCAAGCCGUUCGGGCCCCAGGUGGAGGAUGUGUGCUGCCUGGAGACGCAUGUGCGCUCCCUGCUGGAGCCCCUGGGCCUCUGCUGCACCUUCAUUGAUGACAUUUCCGCCUACCACAGGUUUCUAGGGGAGGUGCACUGCGGCACCAACGUCCGCCGGAAGCCCUUCACCUUCAAGUGGUGGCACAUGGUGCCCUGACCUACAGGGGCCAUUGGCACUUUCCUCCUUCCCCAAGCUCUCCAGACCCCUCACAUCCCUCCCCCAGAGCCUUCACCUUCCUGACAUAGACUGGACUGCCCCAUGAGGAGACCCUCAGGAAGUGGGGUGGGAUUUGAGGCAUCUGUGCCUUGCCUUCCCUGAGAAGGGUCUCAGCAUCCACUGAAGCCACCCACAAUGAACCUCAACUCUGUCCUUCUUAAAAGUAACUGGGCAUCUGGCCAGUGUCUGCAUAGCCCUGACAUAAAAAACAAACACAAAACCAUGUACCCAGUCCAUUCCCCCAAAGAAUCCUUAGCGUCUGGUCCAAAACUGAAUAAGGGGAGAAGGGAAGGAGGUCUGGGAUCGCCAGUUCUUCCAGUGGCCUUGCCCUGAAGUUCAAGGUGGAACACAUGGGACACCAGACAUAUCUUGAGCUGCCGUCAUCAUUUCAUCAUCAACAUCAUUUCAAAUUCACCUCCCUCAGGGCUUCCAGAUGGCUGCCCCUAAUUAUUCAUUCCUUACCAGCCUCUCUCAAACCCUCUUGGCUUUCUCUCUGCAGUGUAGACACCGUUAGUUAGCCCUCCCCACUCCCUGGGGGUCUAGUAACUUAGCUUAGACUCUUCCCUGGAAACACGUUAUCAGAGCAGCCUUCUCCAUUUAAGAGAUGCUACUUAUACCUCAUCUUUCGCAUAGACACAGUCUGUCUCAGAUGCACAGGGGUCUUUCUCUGGGCCAGCAUCCUUCUGGCCCAAGAGUUCAGUGUGUAAACAUGCCCUUGGGUCAGCCAUACCAUCUUCACCACCUGUCACACUCAAACCUUCCCCCAGGGCAUAAAUGAUGACCUGCCCCUCUUCCCCAGACAUCAGACCCAACACACGAAGACCCUGGCCUAGGCCUCCAGCCUAAACAGCCAGUUCUGGACUAGCUGCUGGCCUUAGAGAUGGAUCACCUCAUUGAUAUUUGCCAGCACAUUUGUUGAAGACCUUGUCAUUGGGACAUAACCAGAUCAAUUCCCUGGCACCAAUUGAAAAGACUCAGUUUCGACUGUAAAAAAGUUCCUUUAGGACGAGUUCAUGUCAGGUGAAUGAGUGAAUCAUAAUUCCAUUUUGAAGGUUUAAAAAGAACCAAUUUAUAACCAGUGAAGAGGCUAUAAAUUUGUAUUUUUGGAAGAACAAGAUUUUCAUUUUCAAUUGUUUCAUUCAGUCAUUCAGCAAAUAUUUGUUGCAUGCCUACAAGUGCCAGGCACAGUGCUGGGCUCUGAGGAUGCAGCAUUAGCAAACUAGAACUGGCCCCUGCCCUCCUUGAGCUGGUCAGUCCCUAACGUGCAAUGCCCACGUGUAAACAGCCAGCAUUUGCCCUUUCAGUGGUGUGUUCUUCAGAAAUGCCAGCGCUCUAUUCAGGAAAUGCACGGGGCCCAAAGCUUCUUGCAAGUCACUGUCUCAGUGAAAUGGGAGGGGGAGGUAUCUUUAAAUAGGCCCCCUUCCCAUCCAGCAGGGUCAGCUCCACCUGAUAGGUCAGGCCCCAGAAGCCCUUAGAAGCUGUUGUCCUCCCUAUGGGUCAGCGGCCUUUCCCUUUGGGCUGCAGCCCCAGCUCUCUCCAGCCCCAGAGCUGGAGACACCAAGUGCCUACGUGAGGGUGUUUAUCUGGAGAUUUAGAGUUUGUCAUGUGUGUGAGUUUGGCUAAUGUGGGUUUGUUCUUUUUUUUUUUUCUAGUCUAAGAGGGAAGGGAGUGCCUCCCAUGUGGAAACAGUGUGUCUUUCUAGAUUUUUCUAAAGCUCUCUUGGCUUUAUUGAUAAGUCAGCAAUUUUUGGUGUUUCUGAAGCUGCUGGGACUCAACACCUCUUCCCAGAUCGCGUGCCCACCCAGUGUGACUACCCUCAGUGUGAACAUUCCCCGGUGGACUCAUCGCUCUUCCCCACCCCCCACUUACUGUAAAUGUAGGCCUAGAAUACACUUCCGUGUUGCAAAACUCAGCCAAGUUCCUGUUUCAAUCUUUAUUUUGAAAUUUUUUAUGUAAGAGGGCAGGAGGUGUUGUGAAGAUGGCAAAAAGCAGAGAACAGCUUCAACUUUCUGGAAAGAAGCCAUGAUGGAGAUGGAAGGAUGUCUGGGGAAGAGCCUCUGACUAAAGAGCAAUAAAGUAAACAGUCAAAGGGGAAGCAAGUGGCUUUUGGUGUGAUGUUCUUUGCUGCUUCAUAGACAUGAGAUGGGGUGAUACGGACCUCACACGGGCCCUCUGCUGGUCCUGCAGCCCUUGCUGUUCUGGGCUCAGGAUCAGGGCUCUCAGCAAAGUGUAUCUCAAAGGUUCAAAAUCCCCCUGCACACUAAAUAGGCACAUAAUACAUGACCCUAGGUGGCACAAAUGGUUAAGCGCCUGGCUACUAACCAAAAGAUUGGUGGUUCGAACCCAGCAAGAGGUGUCUCAGGAGAAAGACCUGGAGAUCUGCUUCCAAAAGGCCACAGCCAUGAAAACCCUAUCUAUGGAGCACAGUUCUACUCUGCAACACAUGGGGUUGCCACAAGUCACAAUCAACUCAACAGCAACUGGUUUGUUUUUUGGUUUUGGUUUUGGUUUUAUUACAUGGCCAGCACCCAAGGUCAAGACCAACGUCCACAAUAAAGUCUGGCUGUGUGUCUCUGGUGGACUUCCCCCAAAAGAAGACCUUGAGAUGAGGAGUGGGAGCAAGUGAUUUAUUAAGAAAGUGCCUCCCGGAGAAACCAGUAAGGGAGUGGUGGGGAGCAGGACAGGGAAGGAGAAGAAAUCAGACAAGGGUGUGAUUUCAGGUGAAGCUUUGGCCUGAUCACUGGGGAACUCCAGAGCAGAAGUGGCACCUCAGACUUGCCCCAUCUCGAGGCUGAGUUUUUUACACCUGCACCGUCAUUGCCUGCGAGGACUUCGACUCUCUGAAUGGGCAAGGGGGCACCAGUAGCUCCCAGGCAAUCGUCUGCUGAAGAUCACAGCUGAGAGCUCUUAGUACCAAAGUCAGAGGAGCUGGGGAAAUGGAUUCAGAGAACCAGAAAAGUAUCUGGGCAGGGCAGUGUCCACUGCUCGGUGCAAUAUCAGAUUCUCAAAACACAAUUGUUACACAUAGGUGUUUAUGAUUGCCCCAUGGUAUAAAAAUCCAUACAACAUAGCCCUGAUCUAAUGGGGUCUUUGUGAGCAAAUUCCUGAGGCCCCAAAGUGGAGUCAUCUGGAUGAUUAAUGGGCUUAGAAGCUACUUUCAAGCUCUUCAGAAUGCCCCUGGGACCUUUCUCAUUCCUUAGCCCCUUGUUGUACUUCUAGACUGGCAUUCUGCUGCAGCCAUUUUAAGGGGCCACUGCAAAAGAACCAUGUUAAAAUGAUGAUGACUAGUUCUUUUACUUCUAGUGUAACCUGGGGAUCCAGCCCUCUGAGAUCACCCUUCCCUUUUAUACCCAACUAAUGGGGUCCAAGCCACAGCAACGCCAGUCUUUAAUGGGUUUCCUGACCCACCUAUUUCUGAGGCUUCCCAAGGAAUGCUGGUGUGUUAGACAAAUUCACUCUGGUGGUACUUUCACAUCUUGGCUGCUCACCACCUCAGGAUUACCAAAGGUCACCCUGAGACUUCUAGAACAGCACCUCCCAAAAGAAAUAUAAUACAAGCCACACAUGUAAUUUCAAAUUUCCUAGUAACCACAUUUAAAAAAUUUUUAAAAAGGUGAAAUUGAUUUUUUAACUAGAUCAAAAAGCCUUUAUUAUGGUACAUUCAGACAUUUAGAGAACAUAAAUGGUUGGGUCUGCUUCUCUCCACAUUAUUUCUUGGAAAA